AUGCAUGCCAUUGGCACAAGUCACAAUUGUUUUUCUUGCGUUCAAGCAGAUGAGCUCCAUCAGAACAGACAUCGCCAGAUUGCUGAGCUGGUUGCCGAAUACAAGGCGGCCGGUCAGAGUGAACAAGGCCAUUCACCGCCGAAUCUCAGGGCCAGUCUCGGAGAAUUAGCGAUCAAUGUCCAUCGACUACCACCUCAGCCUUCACGUCAUCGAUAUGCUCCAGACGAGGCCGGUGAUAUGGACGCCGAUGCCGAUGCCGAUGAUGAGAAUGAUGGCAAUGAGACCACCACCGACACCAUGACCAGCGACUCUAUGGUUCCUCCUUGCAAAGCCACCAAGGCCGAGAAGCGAGUACUCAAGAGAGCAGCCAAAGCAGCCAAGUCACAGAACAAGGCGGCGAAGAAUCAGGCCAAACACACCAUUAGCGUCAAGUCUGAGGAUGUUGAGUUGGUUAACACUGUCCUUCAUGGCAAAGUCACUCCGACCACUGAGCACCCGUUGGCCCAAAACAAGACUAUCGAAGAGGUGAUCAACAGAAACAUGGGCUUCAUGUCGAGCAUUGACGAGCACAAGAAGCAGCUUAUGGCCAGCAUUGCGCUGCGUCGGAAGAAUGAUCGCGAAAGGCGCAAUGCAACGCUAGUAGUCGCGGAGAACAAGAAGAGAAGAUUCAGUGCGCUCAGCCACAGCAGUUACAAUGAUGAAGACGACGAAGACGACGAGACCGAGACGCUGUUAACUGCAGUGUUGACCAAGCUUGGCAUUGAUCGAGAGCAUGUCAAGUCUGGCAGUGGCAGUGCCAAGAAAAAUGUUGGCAAGAAUCCUUCGAUGAGUGGUACCCCUGGUGCGCCCUACAACAAUUCAAGGUCAGUCCGUCGUCGUGACAUCGUUGGUAAUCUGAGGACCUUGGUGAAGGACGACCUGGAGAAGUUUGAGAACGAUCACCGCGAGACAUGCAUCAGAGCAGGAGGGUUCUGGAGGUAUGUCAAAAAGCCAGUGUUUGAAAGAAUGACCAAGGUUGUUGGGGAGGUGGAUUGGAAAACGGGUGCAAAAUUGAAG